UUGCCGCCCCAAGUCUUUGUGAGCGAGGCAGGAAUGCUGGAGUUCCAGAUUAUCUCUGAAGGGUGUUGAGAGAGCACGCUGCCUGCCGUUCGCCGCUCACCUUCACCGUUCUCCAUUCUCCACUCACCGCUCACCGCCCGCCGCUCACCAUCGCUCAAGGAGCCUCUAAAGGAUCACUGACACUCUCGGACUAGCAGCUGCAGGUUGUCUCCAAGGAGAUGGCGGGAAAGAUCUCAAAAGACGAGCUGGAGGAGCUGCGCGAGGCCUUCGACAAAGUGGACCUGAACAGCAAUGGCUUCAUCAGCGACUGUGAGCUCCAGGAACUGUUCAAGGAAGCCAACCUGCCCCUUCCGGGGUACCGAGUGCGUGAGAUCAUCCAGAACCUCAUGAAGGAGGGAGAUCGCGACAAAGACAACAAGAUCAGCUUUGACGAGUUUGUUUCUAUCUUCCAAGAGCUGAAGAGCAGUCAAGUGGCUAAGACCUUCAGGAAGGCCAUCAACAGGAAGGAGGGGAUCCUGGCCAUUGGGGGCACCUCUGAGCUGUCCAGUGAGGGCACCCAGCACUCUUUCUCAGAGGAGGAGAGGUUUGCGUUUGUGAACUGGAUAAACACUGCCCUGGAGCAGGAUCCAGACUGUAAGCACGUGCUGCCAAUGGACCCAAACACCAACGCCCUCUUCAAGGCUGUGGGAGACGGCAUCGUGCUCUGUAAAAUGAUCAACCUAUCGGUGCCCGAUACGAUUGAUGAGAGGACCAUAAACAAGAAGAAGCUGACGCCGUUCACCACUCAGGAGAACUUGAACCUGGCCCUCAACUCGGCCUCCGCCAUCGGCUGCCACGUGGUCAACAUUGGGGCGAUGGACCUGAGGGAAGGGAAGCCCCACCUGGUGCUGGGGCUGCUGUGGCAGAUCAUCAAGAUCGGCCUGUUCGCCGACAUCGAGCUGAGCCGGAACGAAGCUCUGGCGGCCCUGCUGAGAGAGGGCGAGACCCUGGAGGACCUGAUGAAGCUCUCCCCCGAGGAGCUGCUCCUGCGCUGGGCCAACUUCCACCUGGAGAACGCCGGCUGGAGCAAGAUCAACAACUUGAGCUCCGACAUCAAGGACUCCAGGGCGUACUUCCACCUGCUGAACCAGAUCUCCCCCAAAGGGACCAAAGAGGGCGAGGAUCGCAUCGACAUCGACAUGUCGGGCUUUGGGGAGAAGGAUGACCUGAAGAGGGCCGAGUACAUGCUGCAGCAGGCAGAUGCCCUCGGCUGCCGGCAGUUUGUCACGCCCGCUGAUGUUGUCAGCGGCAACCCAAAACUUAACCUGGCCUUCGUGGCCAACCUCUUCAACAAGUACCCAUCCCUGACCAAGCCAGAGAACCAGGACAUCGACUGGGGCCGGCUGGAAGGUGAAACGCGAGAAGAGAGGACCUUCCGUAACUGGAUGAACUCCUUGGGGGUCAACCCCCAUGUCAACCACCUAUAUGGUGACCUGCAAGAUGCACUUGUCAUCCUACAACUGUAUGAGAAGAUCAAGGUUCCAGUCGACUGGACCAACAAAGUCAACAGACCACCCUACCCCAAACUUGGGGCUAAUAUGAAAAAGCUGGAGAACUGUAACUAUGCCGUGGAGCUGGGGAAGCACGAGGCCAAGUUUUCCCUUGUCGGCAUUGGAGGGCAGGACCUGAACGACGGCAAUGCCACCCUGACGCUGGCACUGGUGUGGCAGCUCAUGAGGAGGUACACCCUGAAUGUACUAGAGGACCUCGGAGAUGGAUCGAAAGCCAAUGAUGACAUCAUUGUCAAUUGGGUCAAUAAGGUUUUGGCUGAGGCAGGAAAGCAAUCCAAAAUAUCAAGCUUCAAGGACAAAGGGAUCAGCUCCAGCAUUGCGGUACUGGACCUGAUCGAUGCCAUCCAGCCGGGCUGCAUCAACUACGAGCUGGUGAAGACGGGCGACCUGUCUGAUGAGGACAAGCUGGACAACGCUAAGUACGCUGUGUCCAUGGCCCGAAAGAUUGGCGCCAGAGUCUACGCCCUUCCUGAUGACCUGGUGGAGGUGAAACCCAAAAUGGUGAUGACGGUCUUCGCCUGUCUGAUGGGACGAGGGAUGAAGAAGGCGUAAAGGGACCAUGCCGUGCCAUGCCAUGCCAUGCCGGGCCAGCACACAGACCAACAUCUCCCCCAUAAGCCGUUUGCUGGUUGAAAGGCUUCUGGUUAAAGGAAUUACUACAGCCAUUGCUUAAAAGAAAAAAAUGUAAAUCAACAGACAUUAAAACUAAAGAAUCUUGUGUUGCUUUGGCAGGACUAAUAAGGUCUUAAUGGGGUGGGGUGGGGUGAUGGGAAGGAGCUGGCAUUGUUUGGUUACAGAAAGGCUGUUCUCCCCGUCCCCCUGCUCCUCACAAAUAUGACAGGUUGAUCUGCGAAGGUACACAUUGCUGAAAUGCAUUCAUAUCUUAAACCUCCAAGGUGACUCUGCACCCACACACACACGCAGACAGACAGACAGACAGACAGACAAGCAUGCACACACAGACAGACACAUGCACACACACACCGUCAGUUGGCUGAAGCUGUUACGAGACUCCUUGUACAUUUUAUUUUUGCCUGUUUCUUUUUGGUUUCUGGGGUGAUAUGUAGAUGGAAAGGGUAUAGUUAGCUGUAUGGAUCUUUUUGAGACUUUGGCUUAUUUCAAUUAACUGUACAUCUCAAUUUGAACGGCUUUGGAAGUGAGAAAGUGGCUCACCACACACAGUAUUGCUGUAAUGCAGUGCUUUCCUUUUGUGGCUUUUUGUACCAUUAAGAUGGAGGCUUAUUUUCUUAUUUUUAUACCUUAUAUACAGUGUACCAAAAAAAGAUAAGAGACAAUACAAGAUAACAUCCUUUCCAGGUAGAAGCUUUAAAACAUUCCAUUGUUAUGAACGCAUUUUAGUAUGUGUCUUACGUAAGUAUAUACCCAAAAAUGUUGCUUUUUACAUAAAGAAAAAGCGAGGAACUAUGCAUGAAUAUCUUAUAGUUUUAAUGUAAAUCUGUACACACCCUGGUGGCUGAAAAGUACAGCUUUUAUCCUGACAGGAGCGGUUUCAUGCUGUAUUCCCUUGGGUUGGGAAAUGGGGCUGGGAUGGAGAUGGCAACACAGGGAACAGAAACCCUCUGUCAAAGAUGGAAGGUGUCGCAAAAGAGAGGAGAAGACAGACUGGUCACCGUUUGGUUCAAAGAACCCAAUGCUGUGGAGAAAACUGGAAAAUGUUUAGCCAUGCAAAGUUCAGGAAUCUACAGCCAAAAACUGCUCAAUAAGAACGGGCUAACAAUACCUGUAUCUGGGUGACAACUGGUAAAACUAAAAUAAAACCAUUCCAAACA